AUGGCUGCAAACGGCGACGCCGCGAGAGCUUCUGCGCCUGUGGCCUAUAUCACCGGCGGUGCAAGCGGGAUGGGGUUGGCAGUUGCCCAAGAGCUGGCUGCUAAAGGCUGGAACUUGACAAUUGUCGACCUGAGCGAAAAAUCGAUAUCAUCCGUGGAAGCCGACUUUGACCGAAGUCGGACCACGUUUGUCAAGGCCGACGUAACAGACUACAACGCACAGGCGAAGGCCUUUGCUCAGACGUGGGACAAAUGGCACAGACUGGAUCUCGUGUUUGCGAACGCGGGCAUUGGUGAUAGAAUGAACUUUUUCGCGCCUGCCACAGAGUUUCUGCCAGACCUGCCAGGCGUGCCCGCGAAGCCGAAUGAGCUGGUGAUCGAUGUUUGCCUCAAUGCCAUGGUCUACAGUGCCUAUUUGGCUCUGCACUUCUUCCGGCAGAACCCUUCUAAGGCGGGCAAGAUAGUCUUCACGUCUUCCAUGUGUGGACUGUAUCCAGGAGACAGCAUCCCUCUGUACACGGCAGCAAAACACGGAAUUGUGGGCUUGACUCGCGCCCUGGCCAAGCGGUUGAAGAUCCUCGGCGAGCCCAUCACGGUGAACUGCAUCUGCCCGGGACUCGUCGACACGGGAUUGACACCGGUGCUGAUGUCUGUUGCUCCGCCUGAAUUCGUGACACCGAAGUCGACCAUUGUGCGAGCGGUCAUGGGAUUUGUUGAGGACGACUCUCUGACGGGUCAAGCAGCGGAAUGCAGCGUCGAUAAGAUCCAUUAUAGGAAGCAGCCUGAAUGGGGAGACGAGGGAUCAGAGUAUAUAAUGACGAACAAGCUCGAGGCUGCGCUGAAGGAGCGAGGCAUUCGAUGA